AUGAUUACGGAGCCUUACAUAGUGGUUGGAAAACAGAAUUCGCAUCUAUGUGGAUGCAUAAACCCGGUUUAUAUAUCGAUUCUGCGCCUGCUUUUUCUUUCUUUCUUUCUUUAUUUUUCUUUCUUUCUUUCUUUCUUUCUUUCUUUCUUUCUUUCUUUAAAGCUGAUGUGUUUGAGUCUUUCUUUUCAUUUCUUUGUCUCUUUCUUUGUAGUUUAUCAAUUUCUUUUAGUUUACGAUUUAACGUCUUUCUUUCUUCUUUUGAACCUGACGUCAUCGUUUCUUUCUUUUUUCUUUCUUUGUAGGUUUUCAAUUUCUUUCAGUUCAUUAUUUAACUUCUUUCUUUCUUUCUUUCUUUCUUUCUUUAAUCCUGACGUUUUCGUUUCUUUAUUUUUCCUUUCUUUUUUCCUUGUUUGUAGUUCAUUAAUUUCUUUCAGUUUUCGAUUUAACCUUCUUUCUUUCUUUCUUUCUUUCUUUCUUUCUUUAAAGCUGAUGUUUUCGUUUCUUUCUUUUUUCCUCCUUUGUAGGUUUUCAGUUUCUCUCAGUUCACUAUUUAAUUUCUUUCUUUUUUGUACCUUCUUUCUUUCUUUCUUUCUUUCUUUCUUUCUUUCUUUCUUUCUUUCUUUUAAAUUUCAUUCUGUCUAA